ACACAUUUUAUUCAUAUAAUAUCGAGAUGUGGUUAAUUUUAGUAUUCUCGUUAAUAUUUUUUUAUACUUCUUCUGGUAACCCAGUAGACGUCACAUUUAAAAAUGUCACGUUUCGUGGUUAUCAAAUGUUUACACCGAAAUUCAAACCUACAAUUCUUCUGGGAAAUAACCUAAAAGAUUUUUUACCGAAACUGCCUUUUGAUAACAUUGAAUUUUUAGAUCAAAAAAUUCCUAUUAUCUAUAAAGAAGCAAUUACCGAUAUUAGUCAAUUAUAUGAGUUGGAUAUGGAUUUUUGCGAAAUCAAAGAAAUCAGACCUGGAGCUUUCAGGAAUUUGACUAAUUUGAACAGAAUGUCUUUUAAAAUGAAUCAAUUACGAAGAAUCGAAAAUGGAGUUUUCAAUAAGCUUCCAGUAGAAACUAUCGACCUAAGCUUCAAUCAAAUAAGCUACAUCCAUACGAAAGCUUUCGAUGAUAUGCCGGAAUUGUUCCAGAUCAAUCUAGGAACGAAUUGGCUCUCGAAAUGGAACCCUGAUUGGUUCACUAACACCCCCAAAUUAUCAGUUCUUUAUUUCAGAAAUAAUUUCAUCGAGGAACUUCCAGCGGAAAGUUUUAAGAAUUUAAAAAAGGAAAGAUAUGUGACAAUUGAUUUAAUUUUUAAUGGGAAUAGGAUAUCUUCUAUACAUCGGGACGCAUUUGAGGGUUUGAAACAAAUACACAUACUAUCAUUGAGCAACAAUCUUUUACAAAAUUUCGAUAAAAAUUUAUUGAAAAACGUUGUUGUGAAAUACUUGAAAUUAAAUAAUAACAGCAUCGCGUGUUUCGAUGAUUUAGACGAAGUAUUUAAAGCAACUUACGCUUACAUAGACAACAAUCCAAUAAAAUGUGAUUGUUUGAAAAAAAUUCAAACUUGGUCGGAAAAAAACCAUAAAGACGUUGGAGUUGCAGACAUGAAUUGUCCAGAAGAUCAUCACAAUAUUAUAGAAAUCGAGGAUGUUCAGGAACUUGCUAAAGAUAUUUAUGCCAUUCAAAAAAUCACUUUGAUUUUACCAGAUAAUGAAAUUUCUUAAUUUCGAUCUUAAUAAUAGUUCAACAAAGGAAAUAAUUACCAGUAUACUAUAGUGAGUUGUCUAGAUUUAUUUAGUUAUGUUGCUAAGUUAAUUUAUACAAUCACCUGUAGUGCUUUUUGUGAGAAUUAUUAAAAUAAUUAUUACAUGG